AUCUUACUUCACUUUUGUAUUGAACGUACCGAGAGAGGGCAGCACUUUCUUGUUGUAAACGUAUGUGUUAUGGUUGUCGGUUGGAAUGUAUUCGUUUGGAAUAUAAUUGCCAUUUAUACGUAUUUUGUGACUAAAAUACUGUAUUAAACGUUUUUGACUGUUAUGUGAGGCUUUGGAAAUCCUCACAAGGAAACGUGAAGUGAUUCCUGUGAAAUAACCUGGUUAUUUGUGAGAACGGAUUUGAGCAAGCAGCGAGGUGGAUAGAAGCGAAACUCAGUGCAAAUCGUUUGGACCCCAAGUGCUCUUUCAACUUUCAUAACAUUGUGUAUUAGUUCUUAUUUUAACCAUUCGUUUGAUAGUAUUGCAUGAUAAUUGUAAUGAUGAAGGGUGACGUUUGUCCCAAACAAAGUGCUCUGUAGUAAAUUGGGAACUCCGUAUUCCGUAGAAAACGACAAGCCGACACGCUUUUGAUGUUCGCCGUGUAUACUCCGAAAAUUAGCGCUGGUUGUUUAUAAAAGUUGUAUUAUUCUGCCUGCUUGUCACAUCUCAGGGAAACUGAAACUAUUGUUUGUGAAUAUUAUUGCAAUUUAAAUUAGCUGAAUACGUAUUUUCGCUUGGAAUAUACCGAAAAGUCGAAGCUUGUAUACAUAACCUAAAAAUGGAGAAGGGAGCCGGGAACGAAAAUGCUCCUAAAGGGGUAAGCGACACUACUGGAGAUUUAAAAGAAUCUAGUGUUGUUUCUAAUUCAAAAGUAGAAGAGCCGAGUGCUAAGACUGAAGAGGCGAAGAAAGAAAAUGGAAUUGAGAAGACCCCGGGAGUAACUGAAACGAAUAUCAAAAUCGACAAGGAAGAAAACGGAAUUGAUGAGAAGACUUCUGGAGAAAUUCCAACUAAAACGACUAAAAAUGUUGAUAUGACCGUGUUUGUAGGCAAAUUGAGUGACAGGGUUACACCAGAUGAACUGAAAAAAUUCUUUACUAAGGAAACAAAAUCUGAGGAAGCAGAAGUAUUGGAUGUGAGCAUGCCAUGGAAAGUAGUGAAGAAAUCUAAGAAACUGGGAAUUGCAUUUGUGGACUUUGCAAAUAAACGAGCAUAUGAGGUGGCUUUGACCUUGAAUAAUGCUCCACUUCAUGGUCAGAAUAUAAUAGUCUUACCUGCUACCGAUACACAUCAGGGCCUGUUGCUUAUGGAUGGUGCAGAGGGGGAAGCUAAGGAUGGGGAAGGGGAAGGAAAAACAAAGAAUGCUUAUGUCCCUGUAUACAAGAAGAGUGAUCAUGUGGCUUACAUUAAAAAUCUUCCUCAUGGAGUGACUGAGGAUGAUGUAUUGGCCUUCUUCAAAUUUACUAGAGAAGAUAUUGUAGAUAUCGCCAUUCCUAUUCCCUUCAAAGCCAAGCGCAAUGCUAAACGGCCAGUUAGAGCUAUAAUUGCCUUCCCUACUGAUGAAGGCUUACAGGCAAACCGGGAAGUAGUUGUGGAAAGACAUCAGAUGGUAUCAAAGGUAGCAGUGGGAGAAAAGCGUUCUGCAAAUGAUACAAAUGAGACAACUUCUCCAGAAAAGCAUCCCAAAACAACCGAUGGUUCAACUAUGGAAUUGGAUUUGUUUGUGAAACACAUACCGAGGGAAGCUUCUGAUCGCCAGAUAAAAGAUUUCUUUGCUUCUGUUGGUGCAACAGUUACAAAGGUGAACCUGUUUUCUGAAAGUAUUACAGGAUCCACUCGUGGUAUGGGCUUCGUGUCCAUGGCUGACAAGGAGUCUGUGCAGAAAGGGCUGUCACUGGAUUGUAAAAGAUUUUACAAGAACAAAGUUCGUGUCUCGGUUCGCCGUGACCGCGAGCACUUGGAUCGUCCUGAUAAGGGAGAAGUUCUUCCCAAUUUUAGCACAUUCAUUGCUAAUAUACCUAUAAAAGAGAAGGUUGAUAUACUGAAGCAAGCACUAACAAAACAUUUUGAAGCCGCUAAUUGUGUUGUGAAAACACUACAUUUUCCUUUAGCCACCAAUAAACUCAAUAAUAAAGGAUAUGCUUUUAUUGUGUUUGAAAAUGAAGAUUCUCUGAAGAAAGGACAAAGUCUUGACAAUACAGAGGUGCAACUUGGCAACAAUAAAGUGACAAUUCAGGUGUCAGAUCGCUGGCCAGAAAAUCCUGAGUCUGUUGGAGACAAGGCAAGAGAAACCAGUGCUCAUCGUGGUGCUCCUAACUCUUUAUCAGAGCCUCCAGGAAGUGGCAAGCAACGUAAACGCAAGAAAGGGCUUCCACCAAUGGGUGGUCCACAGGGACUUCCAGGGCCACAUGGACUUGGGCCUCAUGGGUUGCAUGGACCUCCAGGUCCCAGAGGACCUCUUGGACCACAUGGCCCAUUUGGUCCCCGUGGACCUCCUGGUCCCAUGGGUCCCAUGGGUCCCAUGGGUCCAAGAGAUAUGGGCCCACCGAAUCGUUGGGAUGGCCCACCAGAUUUUCAAGGUGAUGGACCAGAGUUUGGCCCAUAUGGCCCUGAAUAUCAAGAUUAUCUAGAGUAUCUUGAAUAUCGAGAUUACGUAGCAAUGAGGAAAGCCUUUGAUGAGAGGCGAGAACUGGCAGAGUUUAGAGCUCGUUAUCGUGCAGAACGAGAAGAUGAUUUUAUGCCACCACCACAACAAGCAAUGCAACCACCUUUGCCUCCUCCUCCACCUUCAUCGAAUCAAGGACCUAUGGGAUCAGGUGGUUAUUCCCGUCCUCCCAGUGGACUUCAUAAGGAAGCACGUUUAGAUGAUGGUUAUAGAGGAUCAUCAUAUCCCGGUGGUGGCCCAAGGGAUCGUGGUGGUUUUGAUGAUGGCCCUUCAGGAUCUGCCAAUCGUUCAAGAGAAUAUCGUGAUUUUGAUUAUUCAAGUUCUCGUGGGGGUGCUGGUGAUGGAUUUUCAAACUCUGGUUCAGGACCUGGUGGCUAUGGCGGCGGUGGCAGCGGUGGUGGUGGCGGCGGUGGUGGCAGCGGCGGCGGAGGCGGUGCUAAUAGCAGUGGCUUUUUAGCAUCAGAUCAGCGUGGUUCUGGUGGUUACAACUACUCAGACAGCUUUACAUCAAGUCUCAAUAGCAGCCGAUAUCAGACUGCUGCAGAUUCUACAUUCUCACGUAGUCGCUUGCUUGAUAAUAGUGGUGCAAGCUCUAGUGCUCUCGGUUUCUCUCGUGACAGUAGCACCACAUACCGGGAUUCAGCAAAUGGUCUUGAUACAUCCACUCGGGGAGGUGGGCUAUCAAAUUAUAGUUCAGGCUAUCCAAGUGGAGGAGGAAGUGGAGGUGGUUAUUCUGGUGCUUCUGGGUCCUCAAAUUUGCGCUCUUCAGCUCUUGGUUCUGGAAGAUCCCAAUAUGGUCAUAUGUCACACUCAGGACUUGACAGAGGCUCUACAUCAUAUGGUGGUGGAAUGGGGGAAAGUUCUGGAUUUGGUGGUUCAGGCAGUGGCUCCUAUUCUGGACCAGAUCAGCGAUUUUCUUACAUGUCAGGUUCAUCUUUACCUCCCCUUCAGGGAGAUCGGCAUCGUUAUGGUGGUUACCCUAUGUCAUCAGAGCCUCCCGAUCAGUUCAGAAAAGGCUCUCAAUAUGAUAAAUCAGAUUCUGGCCCUAGAUUAGGGCCAGUAGGUAUGGCUGGUAACUCUGGGUAUGAUGGAUACUCAGGAAUGAGUGGAUAUCGUGCUGGCUGAUGACAAAGGUGAAUUAAUUUUGGAAUUAGGUAGUAAGAGAAACAAGGGCGUUAGCAUCUUGAGCAUCUAGCGUAUCACGGCCACAAGAAACUUUAGGAGAUAUUUAGUUUCUUUUUAUUGUAGUUUUGAUGCAAUGAUGUAUUCCAAAAUUAAUCAAAUGUACAAAAAUAACUGUGGCCAAAUUUGUUUUUGUUUCUUUUUUUUUUUUUUUUUUUUUAAAAAAUUUUAUAUUUUUUUCUUUUUAAUUAUUUGAGAGACCAGUGUAAAAUACCUCAAUUUAUAGGCUGAUAAUGGCAUGUGACCAAAACUUUGGUAAUAUUUUAUCUUUUUGGUGGUAGCACAGUUUAUCUUAAUAAGUUAUGUAAAUAAUAAUAAUAAUAUUUACAAUAUGAAUCUUAGUAAUUAUAUGUGACGUAUUACAUUUGAAAGUAGUUAUCUAGAUGUAUAUUCCUCUUGUUUUCAUAACCACCAGUCCAAAUUGAUUGCCCUGAAGAGACUGCUGUUAUCAUGCACUUGAUUCUCAUACAACACACAUCAUAGUGUGCAAUGCAAAUAAUUACCUUAAAUUUUUAGUGGAGGACAUUUUGCAUUUUGUAAUUAUUAAUUACAAAAUAUAUGGCUGUAUAUAAUGUGUUCUGAAAUAAAUAUUCAUUUAUAUUAUAUUGAAAUAUAUUGAUAAUUUUCAUAUAGAAAUCAUAAUUUUAAAAGUUUGUGACAUUAAUAUUUUAGUUACUAAGAAAAUGUACACAAUUGAUGUGUGUUUCUAAUUUAAAUAAUAAUAUAUUUUAAUAUUUGGACCAGUCUCAUGUUAGCAAAAUUUGCUUGACACAUAAUGAUAAUACACACAUCAUUAUACUGUUCUGAAAGAAAGAAAGAAAUGGGUUCUCUACUAAUUACGAAGUUUUUUUUUCUUCUUUUUUUCCCCCUACGUGUUUUUUAUUAUUAUAUAUAUUAUUUUUAUUUAGUAGAUCUGAGUUCUGAGUUGCAUCAACAUGACAUUGCUGACAAAAUCGCAGACUUGGUUGUGUACAACCCUUAACUAGAAAUUUGUGAAGAGAUGUUGUUUGAUAUUUACUCAAUCUAUGCACUAUUCAAUAAAUAUGAACUAUCGUGUAGCAUAACCUUCAACUAUCAUAUUGCAAAGUUGAACAUGUCUUUUGAAAAAACAUCAACCUUUUACUUGUGUUUUAGAGUAAAGGACCAUCAAAUAUUUCUUAAAUGUGAUUUAUGAACUUUCUUCCCCUAAUUAUGAAGUAUUGUGUGACCAAGUGGAAAACAUAACUGUGGCCUUUUUUAUUACAUCAUCUUUAGUCACUUCAUUAUACUGUAAUCAUUUAUAAUUAUUAUUUAACAGCUUACAGAUUAAUUAUUGAUGUCUUUGAUAGUAUCAGAAAUAAAAUGAUUUUAAGAAAUGACUACAUUAUAUUUGUUUAGGGUUUCUAAAAGGAAAAAUCUAAUAACAAGAAAUAGUUUAGAGUAAAAACGUCAUGAAAUGGCAAGUGAGAAUUAUACCUUGACAGAGUAGUUUCAUUUAAAUCAGGGGUGUCCAAUUUCCAAGGUUACAAGGACUACAAAUAAAACUUUUAAUAUGAUUGUGGGCCAUGUUUUCAUUACUUAUGCGAUCCACACCUCACUUCCCUGUAAUGAUCUAGAUCUGGACAAUUAUUCCGGCAGCUCUGAAAUGGGGAUGGAAGGAAUGCAACCAUGCAUGAUGUCAUGCCAUACCAAGCAUAAGACAAUUAACUAGAAAAAAUUCCAUAAGUCCAAACUUCACCUAUUUUUACAUUAAUUGUGGUGUGGACCCUGGCAGGGAAUAUGUGGUAGGCACUUAAUGAUCUCGCACCUGACAAGGUUGUGCAGGACUGACUUUCAAGUAAUAACCUUCUGCAAACCACAAUAAAUGGCAUUGCAGGUCACACGCUGCCCCGCGAGCCACUAGUUGGACCACCCUGAUUUAAGUUGUGGAAUGUAAUCUUGUUUUUCUUAUUCUUAUACCCACUCUUCUGCAAGUAAGUCUCUAGAAUAAUUUUCAAUUCUUACUAAAAAUUGAGAUAAUGUAUUUAAAUAAAGUACCUUGAGGACAUAUUGAUGAGGUGUGAUAGGUUUUGGCUGAGUAGCAUCUCAUUAAUGUACCCUCAUAAUUAUUUUUUUAAUUAAAUGCUGAAUGGUUGCUUGAAUGUGUAGGUCACAAGGUGGUGUAAUUAGCUCACAAGGACAAAAGACUAAGUGUGUAAUAGAAUUCCAAUCAUUUAAUUUGAUUUAAGUAAUCUGCAUACAAUUAGUUUGAUUUCUAGUGUGUUAUAUGUACUAACAUUUUGUGUGUGUGUGGGCAAACGAAAUAGUAAAUAUUACUUGAAAAUAUUUAUUUCAAAUCAUUCCCUGAAUAUAGCUUUCCGAUGUCUGAAUAAAAUUAAUCAUGAAACUUAUUUGCUCAAUAGUGAAGGAAUUCAUUUGGUUUUCUUUACUUCGACAGUAUUAUUAUUUAUAACUUCUUACAACUUUUCCAGUAUUGUUUUAAAUAUGGUUUCAUUUUGCUUUUAUAAUUCCGGAUUUCCAUGGACAUGAUUUGUGAGAGUGGGAAUUGAGUAGGUGAAUUAAAACGAUCUGCAGUUCCUUUUAUCAUGAGGGGUCAAUACACUUAUAUCUUCAGUUGAACAAGUAUGACAUGGUUUGAAGAAAGUUAAUUGUUUACAAGUAUGAUAUUUUAUCUCGAUGCUAGUUGUAGAUAACAUUUUCAUGAUAGCAGUGCAUUGAAAGGUAUUUGAGUUUACAUGAGAACAACUGCAAAAAUUCCAUUAUAAAUUAUAUAUAAUAUUCAACCAAAUUUAUUUACAUAUCAUCACUUUGAAGUUCUGCAAAACUUAAUAAACCCAAGGAGUUUUCAUCUUCAAAUCUAUUAGCUUUAUUUGAAUUGUGGGUUGUUAUUGAACCUCUAAAUUUAUGGUAUUUAGAUUCAUCUUGUUAACAUGCACCAAUCCUGUUAGCAUGAAAAAUAAAUGUGAACUUGUGAAGUAAAGAAUGAGUGUGUCGAUUUUCUUAUAAUUAUAGGUUUACAUUAUCUUUUGCAAGAAUUUCAAGUGAAUGUAUUCUUAAGAUUGUUUAUUUGUUAUUUUUGUCUUUACUUUGUUAAAGUAGCUGUAAUUUUAUUGACAGAAUAAUGUAAACAUUCAGGGAUAGAUACAGGUAAUAUUUCUUUAUAUAUCUUAAAUACUUUGAGAGAAGUUCUUAAUUGCAACAUUUAUUUUUGAGGGAGACAUUCCUGCAUAAAUCCCUGCAUCCAUGCAUUCGCAGAAAAAGAAAAUAUUGGUUUCUAUUAGACGUGUAACUGAUCAUAUGCCACAAAAGUUAAAUAUUAAAUGUUGCAAAUGUAAUUAAUAACUCUUUACUUCUUGCUAAUCAUUUUUAAUUGAAUCAUGAUUCCACUCUCUGCUUCAGGAUUUGUGUACUUUUUCAUCUGUGUUUU